AUGGCACCUAAAAUUGCAAAAACUGCCAAACCAGUUGAAUUCAAAUAUCCAAGAGUCAAUGAUUGUAAAUUCAAAUUUGGAGCUCAUGUAUCCGUAAGUGGAGGUGUAUCCAAAGCCAUUCACAAUGCUAUGGAUAUUGGAGCCAAUAGUUUCGCCAUGUUUUUAAAAUCUCCAAGAAAAUGGGUAUCCCCAGAGAUUCCUGAUGCUGAAGCUAAGAAGUUUCAAGAUUUAUGUAAAGAAUUUGGUUAUAAUCCAAGAACCGAUAUAUUACCACAUGGAUCAUACUUCAUCAAUUUAGCCAAUCCAGACAAAGAGAAAGAAGAAAAGGCUUAUGGAUCAUUUGUAGAUGAUUUAAAGAGAUGUGAAAAGUUGAAUAUUGGAUUAUACAAUUUUCAUCCAGGAUCCUCAUUGGAUGGUGACCAUAAAGAAGCCUUAGCUCAAUUAGCAAAGAACAUCAAUAAAGCUAUAGCAGAAACUGAGUUUGUGAAGAUAGUCAUUGAAAAUAUGGCAGGUCAUGGAAAUUUAAUUGGUUCAAACUUACAAGAUAUUCGUGAUGUCAUUGAUAUGGUCGAUAACAAGGAAAGAGUCGGAGUGUGUGUAGAUACUUGUCAUACAUUUGCAGCUGGAUAUGAUAUAAGUACCGUUGAAUUAUUCAAUGAUUUUUGGAAACAAUUUGAAACUAUCAUUGGUUGGGAUUAUUUGAGUGCUAUUCAUUUAAAUGAUUCCAAAGCUCCUUUAGGUGCCAACAGAGAUUUGCAUCAAAAACUAGGUCUUGGAUUUUUGGGUUUAGAAUGUUUCAGAAUCAUUGCCAAUAGUGAAAAAUUACAAAAUAUCCCCAUUAUUUUGGAAACUCCUAUUGAAAAAGGUGAAGAAGACACUCUCUAUGGAGAAGAAAUCAAGCUUUUGGAAUGGCUUCAACAGAAAGAAGUCGAUGACGAAGAGUUCAUAUCUAAACAAACACAAUUAUCAAAUAAAGGAGCCAAAGAAAGAGCUGAACAUUUGAAAAAAUUCGAAACUAAGACCAAAAAAGCUGCUACCAAAGCCGAAAAGGACGCUGCCAAGAGGAAGAAAGGAUCCCUUGACUCUUUGAUGGCUAAGAAACAAAAAACUGAGUAA